AUGUCUACUGGGUCAGUUCCUACACAAAUGGAAGAAUCAAGCGUUUCUAAACAUGAAGAAGGAAAAGAAGAUGCAAAGAUGAAGAAGGUGGUUCAAGCGCAAGAGGUGACUGAAGAGUUAGAAGAGUGCAAAACACCAACUUGGUCGGGUAACAAGAUUCCUCUCAUUCAUAAUUGUCCACCUGCCCCAGGAAAGAAAAGAAGACCAAUGCCACCAUUUCCUUCACGCAUGAAAAGAUCAUCAACAACUGGGUUCAACUAUGUAGUAAAACCUGAUGAGGUAGAGUCUUUCUUCCAAUCAAUGUUCGAGCUUACUAGAGUUAACAAGUCCCGUAGAAGUAUGAAUUACUUUAGUGGGUAA